AUGUUUCUAUCAAAUAGAUGGGUGGUAGCGCGAAGAACUCGAGUAAGAGACUUUCGUGAUAUCGAGCAACAGCCAGAGAAGUAUAAACAAGAAGACGAUGCUGAUCUCAACAAGUAUUGUUGCUGCUGCUCAGUUAUAGCAUUAGCCGGAGCUUUGAUUGGUUUGAUAAUUGCUGGAACAGCUCUUGGUAUAGGUAUUGCAUUGCUUGUGAAAACGUCCGGUACAUCAUCGGCAUGUUGUUGCCAAUCAAGUUUAGAAGCUACAGUUCUUGCAACUGCCGAAACAACCAACGCUACUGAUACAACUACGCCUAUUUGUUUUUCUGCCGAUCAACAUGUAACUUUGGCGAAUGGCCAGGUGAUAUCAAUACAGAAUUUGACAGCCGGCGAUCAUGUUUUAACUUUGUCUGAUGAUGGCAAGCGUUUUAUCGCAUCUGAAGUGGCAUUCUUUAUUCAUGCUGAAAUGAACAGAACUUCUCUGUUCUAUACUGUGACAACGGAGAGCGGUCAGCAAAUAAGCGUUACACCAGAUCAUUAUAUUCGUGUCGAAAACAAGGGAUAUAUAAUUGCUUCUCAAUUAACAUUAAACUACUCACUUUUCGUUGCACAUUUGAAUCAUCCAGUUCGUAUUCGUUCAAUUGAAAAAGAAUUCAAAGUAGGUCUUUUUAGUCCGGUUACUUUUGCUGGUACAAUCCUUGUUAAUGACGUAUUUGCUUCGUGCUACUGCCUGAACAAUCUUCGUGGUACACACUACGAAAAACAUCAAUUAUAUGCACCAUUUCGUUUAUGGUACUACGUGGCAAAAUACUAUUUAGGAUUCGGUAGUGAAGUUUAUGAAAUGCCAAGAGAUAAUAUUCAUUGGGCCAUCGGUACGUACGUUCACUAUGGCCACUAUGUUGUCUUUAUUUAUCGAUCAUUGUGUGCUCUAUUCCUCGUGGUUUUGAUCGAAAUUUUUAUUCGCAUUAGCGAAACUAUUCACCCCAUCUUGUUUGAACAUUCUUCUUAUUAUAAGAGAUGA